CCCGGGGAGAGGGUCAACUAGAGAAGCAGCACAAAGGCAGUGAGGGAGCGUAGUACGUCAGGAGAAGAAGGCAAGACGCUAGCCAUGCCUGCCCCUGCACCCCUAAGCAGCGCCUCUGCUAUGCUCCGUCACCGGAUCCUCCCCGCCCUCCGAACUCGUGGAGGCGGAGCCUCCGGUCCGAGCCGUUGGACCGCCCCCGGCCACGAGGAGCGCCCCAAGGGUUACCUCUUCAAUCGAACCCCUCCACCCCCUGGUCAGUCCCGCAGAUGGGAAGAUUGGGAGCUUCCUUGCUACAUUACCAGUUUCAUAACCAUCGUGAUCCUCGGUGUUGGCCUUAACGCCAAGCCUGAUUUGACCAUCGAAAGUUGGGCACAUGAGAAGGCCCUCGAACGCCUCAAGAUGGAGAACCUUGGCCUCUCUGAUUCUGGCUCCAGUGAAUCGGAUUGAAACUCCGCCUGCACGACAAUAUUUGGAUUCACUCCUUUUGUUGAGUUUCUUGUGUUUGGUUGAUGGCCCUCCGGGUUUGAUCGGUUCCCUUCUAGGGUUUGAUCUGUAGUUGAAUAAGGCUAUAAAUGUGGAAUUUGGGCUCCUGGUGUAGUCUGAUUACUGCAUACCUAGUUAAUUCUGACGCUUAACAUGUUUAUUUUUGAAGCUGCUUAUAGGCAUGUUAAUUCAACAUUUAUGUUUUGAAUGUGGAUAAAACAUUAUAGAUUCUCGCUGCUUUCUUGGCUCGAGUGAUAUUAUAUUUUUAGUUGCUAUGA